AUGUCGACCGCCCAAAGGACAUUCGCCGCGCUACCGCACUCUCCACCUGCGCCCACAGACAUUGGAGCGUACGCCCGUUCUAUGCACCAGCACACCAAGCGGCAGAUGGAGUCCAUCCCACAGACGUCGCCGAGGAGCAGCAGUACCGGUAGCGGCGACAGCGUCGGGAAUUCGAGUGGUGCUCAACACCAUCACCAUAGUAGCAGCAGCAGUGGCAGUACCGGCCAUGCGAGCGGCCGCAGCACCCACCGCGCGCCUUCACCGACGGGGUUGCCUGAUGGCGUCAUCGGCCGGAGUAGUCGGGACUCGAGUCAGUAUAGUUACCGGACUUGA